ACACGCCUCGACGCCUUGUCCGGCCUGCAAAGCUGCAGCCCCGCUGCCCAGCCGCCUGCCUCAACCCUCUCCCUCUAUCUUCGUGAGCCAGCGGGGAAGGAAGGAAGCAACACCCAGGGUAGGAUGGGGGUAGGCGAGUGCAAGAGCAACGACUACGGCGCCGCCGCAUACUGGGACGCCCGCUACUCCUCCGGCUCGCCAGCUUCCGCCGCCGCCGGCUGUGGGUUCUUCGACUGGUACCAGACGUACCCGGCGCUGCGGCCGCUCCUCCGCGCCCGCGUCCCGACCUCCUCCCGCGUCCUGAUGCUCGGCUGCGGCAACUCCCUUUUGUCGGAGGAUAUGGUGAAGGAUGGUUACGAGGACAUUGUAAACAUAGACAUUUCAUCUGUGGUCAUCGAGCAAAUGAGAGAGAAACACAAGGAGAUUACACAGCUAACAUAUAUGCAGAUGGAUAUUAGAGACAUGGGAUUUUUCGGUGAUGAGUCAUUUGAUUGUGUCCUUGAUAAAGGGACCCUGGAUGCUAUGAUGUGUGCUGAUGAUGCUCCUCAUGGUGCUUUCAAAAUGCUAGCAGAAGUGGCAAGGCUUUUGAUGCCUCAUGGGAUCUACUUAUUGAUAACAUAUGGUGCUCCAAAGGAACGUGUCCCACUUCUGGACCAGUCCGGAUGCAGCUGGAGUAUUGCACUCUACAUCAUGCCCACAGCUGGAUACCAACUGAGAAUGAGUAAAGGUGCUCAACAUCUUAUAAUGGAGGAGGUUACACUCACAGAGGGUGGCCAACUGCCACCUGACUAUGUUCUCAAAGAUCCAGAUUCACAUUUCAUUUAUGUUUGUGAGAAGUUGGAAGAGAAAGGGACUAAUUGCAGAGAUACUGAUCCAAAGGAAUCAACAAAUGCAAAUUAACUCACUACCAACUUCAGAUUUCAUUUUGAUUAUUGCUGGGGAAGUUUGUUGUUGCAAAGGCAUAGUCGGAGCUCGUCUUUUGAAUCAUGUGUUACCCUUCGUAUGAAAAA